AUUUUGAUUUUCCCUGUUGUCUCGCGUACGCAACGAAGUUACACCCCUCACUCACGAAUUUUCUUUUGCACCAGUGAGGUUUAUGGAGUUUUGAGGCGAAAGCGAGGUAAGUUCAAAUGUUAAAAUGGCAAACGCUAAUUUGAUUGUUGGUAGAAGUAUUCAUCAAGGUAAUCGUAAAUGUUCUUGUUCCUUAUGAAACAUACAAGCUUGAAAACCUUAAGUUGAAAGUUUGCAUUCCCAAAGGUAUCUCGACACCUCAGGAGGUGAACAGUUGAAAUGUAGCGAAUUAGAAAAUUUCCAAAAAACCAUUGCAUGAACCUGAGCAACUUAUUGAGACACCUUCUUUAACUGGUAUAGUAUGUGAUAUAGUUUUACAUCAACAUAAUUCACCUUUCUGUAGCAAGACAGCCUUUUUUAUAUGUAGUUUAUCUCCUUGACAUUCAAUUAAUAUAAAGUUUCGUUAUGUUUAAUUACUUGCUGUAUUCUCUUCAUGUUAAGGAUAACACUUCAACGGUAGGACUAUGAAAAUUGAUAACCAUCGAUUGGUACUAUUCUAACUGCAUCACUUCAGCACUACAAGGUGCUAUGGUUUCCAAGGUUUUGCAAGAAAAUUUGAGAAUAUGCUACUGGACCAUGACUCAAAACACCCUACUAAGAAUAUUGCAAGUGAAGUGACAAACAUACAUAUUAAGUCAUCUCUUCUUACCAUUUCUGUAUGAACAACAGCUUAUGACACAAAAUUAAUCGUUCAUCAAAUGUACAAACUGGAUGAGAAAUAAAAAAAAUAAUAAUUUUCUCAAAAAUAAUUAACCCUUACUUUUGGCUCAAGGCCUAUUAUUGAACUGUUAAACCUGUUAGUUUGCAAACUUAUUAUUGGUAAGUGUUACAUAUUACUUUUCAAAAAAGGUUAAAGGGUUGUCUAUGCAUGUGUGUAUGUUGUAUCAGGUGGUGGUGGGGUAGCCAUAUUAUCUGCUCAUUUUUAGGCUAUUAGGCUAUCUACUACAGCGAAAGAGGGAGGGGUGAAGGAAACCAUUGAGUAUCUGUGGGAGUAAAAGAAACCAAAAUUUUGAAAGUGAAAGAUCCAUACCCUUCUCCAAAAAUUAAAAACAUCUUUUACAAAUAAUGUGUUUCUGAAAUAUUUACACUUCAUUUUUGUACUUUUGUAUAUUUUUGCUAUUCCAUUAUUUUUACAAAGCAUUAUAUUAUGACUAAACCUCCCUAGCUUCCUUUCCUUAAUUAAUAUGCCAUACUUUACAGGCUCAAAGUACAUCGAGCUAACCUCGCAGCACUUCACUUUCUAUGAGGAACUACUCGUUUAAAGCUUUAUUAAAUUUCACACAUGGGAAAUUAUUUUUAUAAGAUCAAGCAGUGAGGACUUUCCAUUCGUCUUCUUAAAACUCCUCUUGCCACUGGAUCUGUCGUCCGUCUGUUCUGUUGCUCGCACUUUAUACGCGAAGCCUUUUACCUUAGCUAUAUGAUAUACAGUUCCAAUUCGGGUGGAGUUCAGGAGAACAGGGUGAGCUCUCGUUGCUUUCCUCAAUUUUUUGCCUAAACGUAGACCGUGAACGAAUAAUUAAGACAGUAGUGUAUUUCCAAACAACUGGACUAUCGUUGGAGAAAAUACUGUGGCUUGAGCUGUAUUUUUUCCCACGAGAUCACAUAGUAGUCAUUGCUUCGGACAGCAUGGCAUUACAGUUAUCCGUCUUUCUUUUUAUUAUACCUAAAUUUUCAGUUUAAAUGUUUCUUUAUUGAGUCUCAGUUGCUUUUCUUGCUGCUGCUUCUCUUGAAGUAUGAUAAAACAACCGAAAUCUAUUUUCUAGGGAAUAUACCUGUUGGGACAGACUAGCGGCCGAAUUAACGAACUGAUAUUGAUUAAUAUUAGUUCCACUUCGAGACAACACAAGUUGGUGGAAAUGUCUGUAAUUUGAAAGUCGUACAUAAUCACGAGUUCAGUUGACCUGGAUUAAACCGUUGUGUUCUACAACUUCGUGUCAAAAAAGCUCUCGGCGAACUGUCCCCGACACGUCCAGCUAUUCUAGGUGGAACAGUCGCAAAGUAUAUUGUAAUUUCUCUUGCGUUAAUAUGCAUUUUUGCUUUGGGUACCUCAGCGAACGUAUUUUACAUUUUGAUUCUCUUUUCAUUAUCCUAAAACAGCUCCUUUUUAUUUUAUCCAGCGAAGCCAAUAGUCUACAGAAGUAUAAAAAAAUGAACGAAAAGUUAUUUACCCAGUGUACAUCAUUUGUCUUAAACAGGUGGGAUCAAAUUCCUGCAAACAAUGCCGAACAAGUGAAGCAAAAGUAAAUUGAACUUACUGAAAGGUUUGGAGACCUGAAUCCGGUGAAGCAGAUCUCUAUCUCUCUUCCAGUAGAACUCAGUGUGCACAUAUGUAGAGCGUCAUCACAGAAGAAUUUGAUAAGCUUUUACAUGGAAUAA